AUGGGUUGGUUAAACUCACGAAAUAAACAACUUAGAAGUGCAAAAAAUUUACGAAAGUAUGAACAACGAGAAAAAUUACUUGAUCAUCUAAUUUCAGUAUUUAAAAAAUUAGAUGACAAUGAUUUCAUUUACAUAAUAAAAAAAAUAUUCGAAUCUCGAGAAAUAAAUACUUGUGUUCAUGCAAAGCGUAAUGAAAUGCUUAUACAUGUUUUCGAUUUACCUGAUUCCCAAGUUCGUAAUGCAUCGGCACUUUUUCAAACAAUGUUAUACUCUCAAGGAAAUCAUAAAGGAGAAAUAGUUUCCACCUAUUUACAAAAUAAAGCGUGUGAGUUUAUAGAUAUUAGUCUUUAUAAGAAUAAUCACAAUAUCGCUAUCAAUGCAUUAAAACUAAAAAAUAAAAAUUUAAGACAAGAGAAUCGGCGUUUAAAAAGAUAUAAAUCUUCUUUUACCACUCGUUCACUUUCCGUACGAAUAGCAAGAGCCAAACAAUUUAAACGAAAACAAAUUUCAAAAAUUCGGUCUUCUAUUCGUAAAUCAAAAAAAAUUCAUCUAAUUCAAUUCCAACAAGCGGUCACUAAAUUAUUUAAAUUUAAUAACAAUGAAUACAACGCGAGAUUUGUAAAAUUAGCUACUGAUAUUAGUACAAUAGGACGAACCUCAAUACGUGCAACAGUAAAAUGCACUAAAGCCAUUUAUCAAUUCUUAACCGGGAAAAUGCCAAAGUAUUGGAUAAUAGCAAAAACUUUAGCACGAUGGAAUAAUGAAAUAGCCAGUUUAUCAUUUAUCCAAAAUCAUCCUAUUGAAACUUCUAGGUUUUUUGGUUACGGUGUUAUGGUUGAUGAAAGCACAUAG